AUGCUCCCUCAAAUGCUUCUCCUCAUAUUACUAUUCGCUUCCGUUAGUCAAAUCUCAUGCGAAAAAAAUUUACUGAAACCAUUUCGUGCUACCGAUCGAAAAAUUAUUCCAAGUGCCAAUCAAGGUCCUUACUAUGCGCAACCAGAACAGAUUGCUCUUACCUAUGGAGGUAAUGUUUCAUCCAUGUGGAUAACUUGGCUCACUUAUAACGAUACAUUUUCAUCAAUUGUGGAAUACGGUAUCGAUGAUUUACGGUGGUCUGCUAAAGGCAAUUCAGUAGUAUUCAUUGAUGGUGGCAAGCAAAGAAGUAAACGAUACAUACAUCGAACUCUACUCGUCGAUCUAAUACCAGGAACUGUUUACCAGUAUCAUGUUGGAUCGGAAUACGGUUGGAGUUCACUUUAUCGAUUCAAAGCGAUGCAGCAAUUAAUAAAUCAUGAAUAUAUCUAUGCAAUUUAUGGAGAUCUUGGUGUUGUAAACGCUCGAUCGCUUGGAAAAAUACAACAACAAGCACAGCGAUCACUUAUUGAUGCAGUUUUACACGUUGGUGAUAUGGCAUACAACUUGGAUACUGCAAGUUUCAUCUUCCUUCUUACAACGCAAAAGUGUUUUCGACUAUUUCACAAAUAA